AUGCAAGAAAGUGCCCGUGUAUCACCACGGAUUUUUACUGCAAUACAAAAUGUAGACAUACCGGUUUUAGCUGUAUGUUCUCAUAAAGAAAUACGACCAAUUUUACCAUGUUUAGUUCGAAUGAGUCUUAUAUCUCCAUUAGAUGUAACAAAAGAAUGUGUAGAACAAAGAAAACAGGUCUUGACAAUAUUAUCUGGAAUUGAAUCAGUAAAUUCAAUAAUUGCAUUACUUUCAAUUGACUUUCAUGCAUUAGAAACAGAUGUUCGAAAAGAACAACAAUUAAGACAAAAGAUGGGAAGUUUACAAAGAGAUAGUGUACUUACUCAGUCACUACAAAGUGGUCUUGCUUUGGAAUUUGAACGCAGUGAGUCUACUAGAAGAAUAAGAUUAGUAUUGAGUGAAUUAUUAUAUAUAGCUUCUCAAGUACAAGAACAACAAAAAAAUCAAGAAUUUCAAAUUAAACAAUCUGAUUUAUUUGAUAAUGCAGUAUAUAUGGAAGAGAUUAGUUAUGUAAUUUGUGUUGCUUUAUCAGAAUUACCAACAGUAUUAUCAAUAUUGGAUAUAACAGAAACAUUAUUACAUGUUAAAUAUGGUCCAGAAAUAAUUUGUUGGAUAGUUGCCAAUAUUCCUGAUAGUUUUUCUGAAGUUUGUGCACAUUUAAUAGCUAAUGGGGAAAGGCAAGAAGAAUCAGCAUUAGGCAGAAUUAGAACAAUGGCUUUAACAAUGCUGUGUCAAAUGAAUCCAAGUCAAGCAUUAGCAGUAAGAGCCAAAUGUGUAGAACUUUGUAGAAUGCCUGCUUUAGCAAUAACAUUAAGUUUGGAACAUGAAAAUAUAAAUAAUACAUUAGCAGAAAGUGAUAUAGUUGCUUUUGUAUCAGGAUUAUUACUUGGUAGUGAUCAACAAGUAAGAACAUGGAUUGCAAUGUUCAUUAGAAAUGGUCAAAAACGUAAAUGGGAAUCUCAUACAGCAUUACAGUCUUUAAGAGAAGAAUUACUUAAGCGAUUACAAGCAAUGACUUCUCAAAAUGCGGGUCAAUUACCAGAAAGUCAAGUUGUUCAAGCUAGUGCAUUAUUACGUCUUUAUUGUGCAUUAAGAGGCAUUGGUGGUAUUAAAUUUCAAGAUGAUGAAGUAGCAAUGAUAGUGCAAUUACUGACAUCUCAUCCUCCUCCAUCACCAGCUGGUGUGAGAUUUGUUUCUUUAGGUCUUUGUAUGCUUAUUGCAUGUUCUUCCUUAAUAGGUCAUCAUAAUCUUGAAAAACGAAGCAUAGAAUGGGUGCAAUGGCUUGUACGAGAAGAAGCUUAUUUUGAAAGUGCUAGUGGUGUAACAGCAAGUUUUGGAGAAAUGUUACUUUUAAUGGCAAUACAUUUUCAUAGCAAUCAAUUAUCAGCUAUUUGUGAACUUGUAUGUGCAACUUUAGGUAUGAAAAUACCAAUUAGACCAAACAAUUUAACUAGAAUGAAGCAAAUUUUUAUGCAAGAAAUAUUUACUGAACAAGUUGUGACUUCUCAUGCUGUAAAAGUACCAGUAACAGCCAAUUUAAAUGCUAACAUUCCAGGAUUUUUACCUGUUCAUUGUAUUCAUCAGUUAUUGAAGUCAAGAGCAUUUGCUAAACAUCGAGUACCCAUAAAAAAUUGGAUUUACAAACAAAUUUGUAAUAGUGUACCACCAUUGCAUCCAGUUCUUCCUGCUUUAGUUGAAGUGUAUGUUAAUUCAAUAUUAGUUACAAAUAAUAAAACAUCAGAACAUACAAACAAACCAAUUACUGAAGAUGAAAUUAGAAGAGUAUUUCAAAAUAGUAUUUUUGGUGCAAAUUUUGAUUUUAAGAAGAAUAUUAACAAUCUCCCUCAAACUGAAACAGAUGGUAUGGAUAUCGAUAUUUCAAAACCUUCUCUUACAUCACAAUUAUUAUUAUUAUAUUAUUUAUUGCUGUAUGAAGAUGUCAGAUUAUCUAAUAUGCAUACUUUUAUAUCACAAGAUAGAAAAGUUAAAUCAUAUUCAACUGAAUUUUUAUCUGAAUUACCAAUAAAAUAUUUACUUCAACUGGUUCAAAGAGAUCAAAUGAAUUAUGCUGGUUUAUUUUCUCCUCUUCUUAGAUUACUAGCUACACAUUUUCCUCAUCUCUCAUUAGUAGAUGAUUGGCUUGAUAAUGAAAUGAUUAACAUUGAUUCUACAGUAACAAAUUAUGAAGAUGUAAAAAUUACUGAUAUCAUGAUUAUUGAAACAUUUUCUCAUAUUCAAACAUGUCCUUCAAGAACAGGAAGACUUCUGAGACAAUUAAUGUUAAUGAAACCAACUGAUAUUUGGCCACAUGCUGAAGUUCUAAUUCAUUAUUUUAAAGCAACCUUAAGUUCAAGAGUUCCUAGGUAUAUUCAAGAAUUAUAUAAACAAAUAUGGCUUAGGCUAAAUACAGUUUUACCAAGAUGUUUAUGGGUUUUAUCGAUAAAUGCUUUAUUAAUAGAAAAUUCUCUUGUAAAAAAUGUUUUUUUAACACAAGAAAAUAUUGUAUUAGAUCCUUUACAAGUAUUAAGAUGUGAUACAAGAGUUUUUAGAUGUGCUCCAAUUUUAUCUGUUAUUUUAAGAAUAUUACAAGCUGCAUUAGCAGCCUCUCGGUCUCAAUUAUCUAGACAUAUACAAGAUAAACCAUUAACAGAAAAAAUUGGUCAAUUAUCAAAUGAAGCUGAAAGAGAAGAUUUAAGAACAGCAUUAGUAGCAGGUCAAGAAAGUGCAGCUGUUCAAAUAUUAUUAGAAGCAUGUUUAGAGACAGAAGAAGAUAGAGAAACUCCUGGACAAAUGUGGUCAUUAAGAGAAAUACAAAGUAUAAUCUGUUCAUAUUUACAUCAAGUAUUUAUAGCAGAUCCAUCAUUGGCUAAAUUAGUCCAUUUUCAAGGUUAUCCAAGAGAAUUGUUACCUAUUACAGUUACUGGUAUUCCUUCUAUGCAUAUUUGUCUUGAUUGGAUUCCUGAAUUAUUGUCACAACCAGAACCAGAAAAGCAAAUUUUUGCUGUGGAUUUAGCUUCAUAUCUUGCAAUUCAGUAUGCUUUACCAAAGGCUUUAAGUGUUUCUCGUUUAGCUAUUAAUACUUUGAUAACACUUUUAGGAGUAUUAUCUGCUAAAGACAGAGUGAUUUUAUUUAUGCCUGUAUUACCAGCAUUAACACGUAUAUGUUUAGCUUUUCCACCAUUAGCUGAAGAUACUACAGGUUUAUUAUUACAACUUGGAAGAGUUAAUUCUGCACAAGCCGCUUUAGGAGAUAAAUCUGCAGAUAUUUUAUGUCAUGAAGUUAAUGAAACCUUUUGUAUGUUAUUACAAAAAGCAAUAUUACAAUCACAAGUAUAUUAAAAUAUAUUUAAUUUUUUUAUAAUAAUUAUGACUAUUUAGUUUAUUCUAUUUAGUAAAACAUCAAAUUAGUAUUCAAUAGUUUUUAAAUGUCAAUUUAUUAUUAUUAUAUUAUUAUAUUUUAUAAAACUAAAAUAGUAUUUAUUAAGUUUUUUUUUAAUAUUUCUUUAUAUAUUUAAAUAAUUGUUCUACUGAAUAAUUAUAUAUAUACUAUCAUUCAUAAUUAUUUAAAUCAUAGUUUUUAAAAUAAAAAAAAUGAAAAAAUUAAAUAUACUAUUAAAGUUAUUCAUUAAGCCAAAAUAAAUGUAAUUAAUUUAUGACAUAAUAAGCUGUAAAAUUAAAAAAAUUUAUUUGACUGAUUAUUUAUUAUUAUUGAAUGAAGUAUCUUCUAAUUAAUGAAUUUAUUUUUUGGACAAAUUGUUAAUUUAAUAAUAUUUUCUUUCAUGUAUCUUUUUCAUUUGUUUUCAUGUAUUUAUUAAAGUAAAAAAUGUAUAGAUAAAAAGUCUAUUAUUAAUUUAAAGGAAUUAACUUUUAUAUGUGGAUUGAUAUCUUAAAAAAAGAAAUAAUAAUGAUUUAAUCUAUAUCAUUUAUGUUAAGUACAAUAAUACUUUUUCUAUUAAAUAUGUCCUUUUUUUAAUGAUUUUAAAUUAACUUAAUUUUAAAAUAAUAUUAUGUUAUUUUAAUAUCUGAUAGAUAUAUUUGUAAUUUCAAAAAGUUUUAAUCUUUUAAUUAUAAUUUAUUUUAGAAUUAAGUUCUAUCAAUAUAUUUUUAAAUUUUAUUUAAUAAAAUUUGAGUUUUAGAUUUAGAUUAUUUAAUAAUAGAUAAAUAGAAAAAAAUGUUCCUAUGAGAUCAAAUUUAAUUGCAAAAUUAUAUAUUAAUUAUAACAUAUGAUGUAUAUUGCAUAAAAAAUAUGUAUAAAAUUUGUAUUUUUCAUGUACCUAUUUUUAGUCACUCGUAUUCACAAAUAUUUUUGUAUAAUUUUUACAAAUAAAUAUAUUUUAAAAAAAUAUGAUGCUAUUUAAUAGUAUCAUUUUCAAUAUGUUUCUUAUUUUCCAUCAUAAUAUUCAUCUAUUUGAAAUACAAAGUAUUUUUCUGUUAACUUUAAUUUUAAUUAUAUUUAUUUUUAAAUAAAUAUAAUAUGCAAUAAUAUAUAUACAAAAUAACAUAACAAUAAAUAAAGAUUAUACAAGUUAAUAUUUAACAUCAAUUUAAAUUUUUACUUUUAGUAAAUUUUUAUACUUUAAAUAAAGAUAUAAUAUAUAAAAUAUUAAUAAAGCAAACCAAAAUAUGAAUAUUAUCCAAAAAAUAUAAAAAAUCAAGUUAUCUGAAAUUCAUACAUAUUAUAUGUACAAAAAAAAAUUACAAUAAAUUAUAAAAUAUAAAAUAAUUGGAUAUCAAUAGAUUAGUCAAAUAUUAUAUAUCAAAUAUUUUAUAGAAAUUAUAUCAGAAAUUUCAAAGAGAAAUUUAUAAAAAUAUAUAUAUGAGAAGUAUAUGAGUAGAAAUUUUGAAAAGACAUUAUUUUUUAAAAUGAUAUUGAUUUAUGUUUUUACGUUAAACUUCAACUUAAAGUAAUUACUAAAAAAAAAUUAAAAAAUAUAUUUUUAUAUUAUUUAUAAUUAAAAAUUAUUUAUAUCAUUAAAAAUGUAAAAUUUUUUGAUAAUUUUUCGUAAUUUAUUUAGAGUUAUUUAUUCAAAAAAUUAAUGAAUUCAAAAUAUAAAAAUAUAUAGAUUUUAAAGAAAUUCGAAAUAUAUCAUAAUGUACAUCUAGAUAUAAUUUUUAUUUAUAAUUAUUUACAUUACUUACAUGUUGAAAAACUUCGUGAUUUAAAAAUCAAAUCCUUAAAACUUAUUGGAAUAAACUGUUUAAAUUGUUGAAUUUCAAUAAAUAAAAUUUAAUAUAAAAAAAAUUAUUCUGAUAUUCAAAAAUUUCUUUAUCUGGCCAUUUUUAUCUUUUUAUUAAUAUAUGAAUAUGACGUAAUAUGAAAUUCUAUUAUGCUUUUUUUCUCUUAAUUAUAUGAAUUAUUUAAUCAAAUAAAAGUUUAAUUAAGAAAAUUUUAACUCAUAAAACCAAACAUGUAGAUAACAAAAUUGUUUAUAGAUUAUUUGUAGAUUUCUAUUCAUUAAGCCAACAUUUUUUACAUUUUAAAAAAGUCCUUUAAAAGGAUUCUUAUUUCUGAUAGAUCUAAUAUAAUCAAGAAAUAUAUAGAUCAAAAAUCUUAUAUCUACAAAUAAAUUCGUAUAGUACGAAUGACAAUGAAUAAAUUAGAUGAAACACAUUUUCAAUUAAAAAGAUCAUCAAAUGACUACGUCAUUCCAUUAUAAUUAAUUGAUUGACGAUUAAAAAUAUUGUACAAAUCUGUUUUCAUUUUUUUGAUUCUUAUUUCACUUGGAUUCUUCAUUUUUGUAUAGUAAAUCUAUAUUCACAUAAAAAAACUUUUAAGCAUUCAAUUCAGAAAUAUAAUAUAAUAUAAUAUAAUAUAAUAUAAUAUAAUAUAAUAAAUAUAACCAAUGCAAUAGAAAAUAUGCAGCCCCAAUUAUUAAAUUCUAUUUCGAUAUAUCUACUUUUUAAAAUAUAAUCAAUAGAAUUCACAUAUUUCAUUAUUGAAAAUCUCAAAAAAAAAAAAAAAAAAAAAAAGAUUAGAAAAUGAAUCAUAUGCAUAACAAUAAUAAUAAAAAAACAGUUUACCCUCAAACAACGCAGAUUCUGUUACACGCGAAUAUUUUUUGACAAAUUUUAGAAUCAUCAUACAUCUAUAAAUUAUAAAUUACAUUUCAUACACACAUAUAUUUUUCCAAUUGGAUCCACUUAUACAUACAUACAUACAUAUAAAUAUAUUAUCUAUAUAUAAAUAAAUGUAUUAUCUAUAUAUAUAUAUAUAUUUUUAUAUCUAAUCACUUUUCUAAUUAAUUUUCUAAUUAAUUUUUUAAACUUAUUUUAUUGUAAAAAUGUACAUUGACACAAAUAUAUAAUGAUAUAUAUACAUACAUAGUAUGUAUACAAAAUAAUAAUAAAGCUUAUGUUCAAUAAUAAAUUAUUGUACAGUUAUAUUAACAUCUUGAAGAUGAAAAAUUUUAUACAAAAUAUCGAUUAUGCAGAAACGACGUUCUUAACCUCCGUGUUGUUUGAGAGCAAUCUGUACGUCAAAAGCAAAUGAAAUAGAGCUAUAAUAAAUGAUGUGACCGAUUUUAUAGCAUUGAAGCAAUCACAUAUUCAAUGUUAACUAUAAAUGGAAAUAUUAAGAAUAAUUCUUAACAGUAUAUAACAUUUAAAGCAAGUUUAAAAAUACAAAAUUUAGUUUAGUAUUCCAAACAAUAUAUAUAUGCACAUAUAUAUUAUGAAGAAGUUUUAUAUAUCAAUUCACAAUUUUCGAUUCUGAGAUUCAAAGUGUAAUAAUUAUACAAUAUAAAAAAGUCAGCUCCAACGAUCUUGAUUUGCAUAUAAUAUAUAUUAAAUUGAAAUUGAUAUUUCAAUUUACAACAUUUGAAAAAUGUCAGUCAAUUUUAUUCAUUUUUAUUUUAUUUUAAUAAAUAUAAAUAUAAUAUAUUGGAUUUAAUAAAUAUAAACAUAUAUUGGACUUUGUAUUUUAAAAAUUUUUUAAAUUAAAUUAAUUAAUUAAAUUUUUUCACAAUCUAUAAAGAACAAUUUUUUAAUAAAUUGAUAAUUAAUUUUUUAUUAUUUAGAAAGAAUUUUUAAGCAACAUAAGAAGAAGUUUAAAAAAGAUAAUAAAGAUAGAAGAAAAAAAAGUGAGAAAGAAAAUAAAUGAAAAUGGAAAAAUGAAUAAAAAAAAGAAAAAAAUAAGAGGAAUAAGAUAAAGAUAAAUUAAAAAAUGAAAAAAAAAAGAAUAGAAAUAUAAUGAAUAUAUGAUACAUUCUUAGAUCUAAUUUAAAAUAAAGUUAAAUUUAAAGAAAACUAUCAAAGAAAAUGUGCAAUAGCAUUAAGAAAAGUAUAGAAGUUAAAGAAAUUAAGAUUAAAAUAAUAAAAUAAAAGAAUAUAUAUAUAUAAAUAAGAAAAAGAUGAGUGCACCUAGAAGAAAAAAUAAAAGAUAGUCACAAAUUUACAAAGGAACUAAAGAAUAAAUAAAAAAAAUGAUUUUUUUCUUGAAUUAUCAAAACUUUUUGUUAACAAUUUUCUAAUAAAUAACAAUCAAUAGUUAAAACUUUUUGAAAAUUAUUCAGAAUUAUUAUUUUUUUCAGAUAAUUCAGAUUAUUAGAAAGUUAAGGUCAUUAGAGCUGACUUCAACCUAGAAUAUAUAAGUACCAAAUGUUUUUAAAAGAUGUCCUAGAUAUGAUUAUAUCAAUACAUAUUAUUUCGUAAUAAUAUAUCUAAUUUACGAUCUCAAUAUAUGUUUUGCAUUUAUUUACAGAAUUGAACUACAAUUCGUGAGAAUGCGCCGAAAUAUAUUCAUGUAUAUGAACGCACACAACAAUGAAACAAAUUAAUUUUUAUGGACACAUAUAAUUAUAUUGCAAAAUUAUUCAUGUGAAUAUGUAUGAAUCGUUUAGAAUAACAGAUUACUGUUUCAAUGGAUAUGUAAAUAUUCACAUAGACAAUGAAACAAAUAAAUUCUUAUGAGAGAAAUUAUACGAA